UCUUCUCAAUUUUUUGUUUUUUUGGUUAUACUCUGUUCUUACCGAAAAAAAAAAUCACCAGUUUUUUUCAGUUUCUUGGCCAUGAAAUCCAGAAUCAAACAAGAUUUUAUUGAUGAAAAUCAAGAAAUAAUUGAAAUUCAGAGGAGAAUAAUAGUAAAAAUCUCAGACCCAGAUGCUACAGAAUCAUCUUCAGAUGAUGAAAAACAGCAAAAAAGACCAAAGAUUAUUGUUCAUGAGAUUGUUCAGAAAAAGGUAAAGAUUCAAUCUUUUUUACUAAAUAGCAAAAACCCAUUACAUUUUUAUCAAUUGCCUCCUCCUAGGGUUCGAAAAAGAAAGUAUCAGAAAAAGGCUAUUUCUGCAAAAUCUGGAAAUCCGCCAUUAAUGGUGGAUUCUCAGAACUUGGAUUCAACGAAGGUAAAGACUCGUUUUUCACUAAAAAACAGAAACUUUUUGAGUUUUGAUGAAUCUUCUGGUAAAUUGCCUCCUAUGGUUCGAAAGAGAAAAUCUGGAAAAUUUGCUACUGAGAUUAGAGACCCGUUUAGCAAGAAAAGAAUUUGGUUGGGUACUUUUAAUACUCCUGAAGAAGCUUCUGAGGUUUAUCAAACUAAGAAACUUGAGUUUCAGGAGAAGUUGGAAAAGGCUAGAAAUGCAAAUGUGGAUAAGGUUAUUUCUGCAAAAUUUGAACUUGGGUCUUCUUCUUCGAGUGAUCCUCCAUUAAUGGCUGAUUCUCAAAACACAGAUUCAUCAAAUGAGUCUGAUGAUAGAUUGAAGAAGGCUAAAAAUGCAAAAGAGAAAAUGGUUAUUUCUGCAAAAUUUGAACUUGGUUCUUCUUCUUCGAGUGAUCCGCCAUUAAUGGCUGAUUCUCAAAACACAGAUUCAUCAAAUGAGUCAGAUGAUAUAUUGAAGAAGGCUAAAAAUGCAAAAGAUAAAAUGGCUAUUUCUGCAGACUCUGACCCUGGUUCCUCUUCAAGUGAGCCAAUAUUAAUGGUGGAUGAGAUUGAUGAGCAAUUGAAUAAGGCUAUAAAUGCAAAUGUGGAAAAGGGUAUUUCUGCAAAAUCUGAACUUGGUUUUUCUUCUAGUGAUCAAGUGGAUGCACAAACCUCGGAUUCAUCGAAUGGGGUUGAAGAAAGUGAUGAAGAAAUGUGGAUGGGGCAGUGGAUACAAAUUUCAGGUGAUAAAGAAGUUAAAUUUUCGCAUAAAUUGGGCGUUCCUGUUGUUGACAAUUACGGUUUUUUGUUAGGUGAAUUUAGCAAAUUGGAUGAUCUUAGUAUUUCUGUUUGAGAUAACUAUAGUUCCAUUAAUACUAUGUUCGAAACUUGCAGCAAUUUUUGGUGAUUAGGUCCAAUUUGUGAAUAUUAACAGUGGCAAUUGCAAGUCGACGAAUAAGUGUUCAUGUGUUAUGGAAUUUGUUGUAAUGGUUAUAACUUUGAAUGCAGCAAUGGAAAUUUGUUCGUCAAAUAGAAAUUUGAGUUCUUGAA